CCAAGUUUCUGUUUCUUAUUAUUAAUAGUAUUAAUAAAAUAAAUUAUUAUCUGAAUUCUAAAUAUCAAAUUUUAAGUCUCACUAUAUAAGUACAUACUUGAACUAUUUUGUCAAUAAAUCUAAACGAAUAUCCUCAUUAGAAAACCACAUCAAUGAACAUGUCCUCCAGCCGUUCGAAAUCAUCAAUAUUAGAUAAACCAUUACGAAAAGGAAAAGGGGAGGUCUCUUUAGCCUUUUAUGCCCUUUUAUUUUCUGAAAUUGUUCAGUAUAGUCAGAAUCGAUCGCAUUCGAUACAAGAUCUACAGUUUAAAUUGUCUGAAAUCGGACAAGAUGUGGGCACGAGACUGCUCGACUUAUAUUUCGUGAGAGAGAGAAAUAGCAAACGUGAGAUAAAACUGCUGAAUAUGUUACUGUUUAUCAAGUCUACUUUAUGGAAGGUGCUUUUUGGUAAAGAAGCUGAUAAACUGGAACAUGCUAAUGAUGAUGAAAGGACCUACUAUAUUAUCGAAAAAGAUGCUCUUGUAAACAAGUUUAUAAGUGUACCAAAAGACAAGGGUUCAUUAAACUGUGCCAUCUUCAAUGCUGGCAUCAUUGAAGCUGUUUUAACUAGGAGCGGAUUUCCAGCAAAGGUGACAGCACACUGGCACAAGGGAACAACAUACAUGGUCAAGUUCGAUGAUUCAGUAAUCACCAGAGACAAAACAUUGGAUGAUCGUUAACUUUUAAAUUAUACGGCUCUUUAAAGUCUAUUUAAAUGUAAUUAUAAGCUUUUAAAACUUGGUCUCA